AUGAUCAUUUUGAAUAUAACAGAAAAACCUAGUGUUGCACAAAUAAAACAAAUCGAUAAUUGUGAGCUUAUUUUUACUUCGUUAAGUGGUCAUUUACUAAAAUUUGAUUUUCAAUUACAAACUGCGUCAUGGUUUCAUAUAAAUCCAUACACACUUUUUUACACUAAAACAAUCAAGACAGUUAUUUCAGAUCACAUAAAUAUUUUUAAAAAUUUAUUAUGUUUAUUAAGUAUUGCUUCUCGCCUAUAUAUAUGGACUGAUGCAGAUAAUGAAGGAGAAAAUAUAGCAUAUAACAUAAGUGAAAUUGCAAAUUUUAUUAACAGUAAUCUCAUUAUCAAGCGUAUUAGAUUUAAUGUGAUUCAAGAAAAAUACUUAAUUAGCGGAUUAAAUAAUUUAUCCACAAUAAACAAACGUGUUGCAUAUUCAAUCGACGUUCAACAUCGAUUGGAUUUAAUUGUUGGUUCUACUUUUACUCGAGCUUUAACACUUUUUUUUAUAAAUCAACUAAAAAAUAAGAAUCUUGUAAGUUACGGGCCGUGUCAAUAUCCUACCUUGGGGUUUAUAUCUAGAAGAUUCACUCGAAUUUUAAAUUUUGAUCAAGAUAUUUUGAAAUUUCAACACCAUGGAGCUAAAUCAAAAAUUUUUGAUUUAUUACUUGCAAUAGACCUUAGCAAAAAAUUGAUAAAAUCUAAAAAUUGUAGAUUAACAAAAGUUCAAAAAACAGAAACUACUCAUAAAAAACCGAUUCCUUUAGAUACUACCACAUUAUGUGCAAAUAUAAAUAAAAUAUAUAAAAUCCCAUCAAGUGAAACAAUGAAAAUUGCGGAAAAACUUUAUAUUCAAUCUCUUAUAAGUUAUCCUCGUACCGACACUCAAGUAUUUAGAGAAAACGGAAUUAUUUUAGAAUCUUUAGAAGCAUUCAAACAAGAUAAUAACUAUCAAACAAUAAUUAACAAAAUCAUUACAAAAAAAAGUUUCUUAUCAAUAAAUAAUGGCGUAAAAAAUGAUUUGGCUCAUUUACCAAUUUAUCCCGUUAAACCGGCAACUAAUCUUUCAAAAACCGAAUUCUUAAUUUUCAAUUAUAUUAUAAUCUACUUUCUCGCUGUUUGUGACGAAGAUGCGAUACUUCAAUCAAAUUAUUAUGAAAUUACUUUAAAUAAUGAAAUUUUUUAUCACAGUAAUAAAAAUAUUAAAUUCAAAGGAUUUCUAGAUUUUUUCCCUUUUGAUUCCUUAUCUCAAUCAGAAACUAAUUUUUCUAAAGUUGAUCUCAAUAAAAACGACUUGGUGUCUCCUACAAAAUAUAUAUUGACAGCAUCAGUUACAUCUAGACCUUCAUUAAUGUCUGAAUAUGAACUUAUUUAUGAAAUGGAAAAGUUUUCAAUUGGUACGGACGCAACUAUGUAUGAUCACAUUGCAACCGUUCAAAAAAGGUCGUUUAUGAAAUUAGUAAAUAAAAAUUGUUUUAUUCCUACUAAAUAUGAAUAUAUUGCUGAUAUUAAAAGUAACACACCGCUACAUACUCCUGCAAUAACUAUAAAUGUUGACGAUAUUUUAGAUGAACAUAGUACAUAA